AUGUCGUUGUUGACCAACAGAAAGCGUCCUAGGGGAUAUAGUGAAAACUUUGCUGCACUGCAAUCCGCAGCCCUCAACUCGUCGUAUCAACUGCUGCUGCUGCAACAACAGCAGCAACAACAGCAACAGCAACAACAAUCUCAACAACAACAACAACAACAACAACAACUGCUGUUUCUACCACAUCAAAAUCACCAAGCUCGGCAAUAUGGCCCCGCUCAAUUUGACCAAUUGAACCAUCUUGACCAAACACACCAAUUUGAGGGCUCUUCGAAUGGCAAUUUUGUCCAAAAUUCAAAUUUCGGGUAUAAUAGCUCCGCAAUCGUCUUUAGCCCUCAGAUGCAACCCAAAAAGUCAAAAUUCAACAAUCCCUUUUUACUGGCUGAAGAGAAUGAUGUUGUUUUGGAUGACGAGGAGACGGACACUUUUGUUUUGGACGAUAUUGAUGUCGUUGAAGCAAGAGACGGUGCUGCACAUGGCGAUAAUGCCAUUACUAUGGAAGAGGAUGAUGAGUAUGAUGACGAUAUCAUCAUUAUUGAUGAAAAAAACGUUGCUCCACGGGGGAGAAGAAACAAUAGUGAUUCGAUCUUGAUAAACCCCGAUGCGCAAGAAGCUUACAAUCUUUUCAAUGUUAACCAAUUUGAGAUUGACAAAUCAACGAGAGUGAAGAAACAACGUACGAGCUCGCUACCUCAGCUACCCCAAGUAAAGUGUUUUUACAACAAACUCCCCAACAAUUAUAUACUACAAACACCCAAAUUGGGCAAUAUCAAGACCAAUGUUAUACCGCAUCAAAACAAUCUACCACCGUGUGAUGACGAAAAUGGUCAUUACAUUAUCAAAAUUAAUGAUUCGUUUGCCAAUCGGUUUGUGAUUGUCAAAUUGUUGGGCCAGGGAACAUUUGGUAAAGUUGUUCAAUGUUUUGACAAGGUCAAUAGGGAGCAAGUUGCUAUAAAGAUUAUUCGAAACAUUCAGAAAUAUAGAGACGCUGCCAGAAUUGAAUUGAGGAUUUUGUCGACUUUAAAGAAGUUUGAUAAUGCAAACAAGAACCAUUGUAUUCAUUUACGUGAAUGUUUUGACUAUCGUGGCCAUAUUUGUAUUGUCACUGACUUGUUGAAGAUUUCAUUGUAUGACUUCUUGGAAAAUAACAAGUUUAUCUCGUUUCCUGGAAGCCAUAUACAAGCAAUUUCAAAACAACUAAUUAGGUCAGUCACUUUUCUUCAUGACUUGAACUUGAUUCAUACCGACCUCAAGCCAGAAAACAUUUUGCUACACGAUGACUCGUUUACAAAGAAACAAUUGUACAGCUCUACCAUCAAGAGUGCAUUUUUGAAUCUUGGCGCCACUGCCACAUCCCCCAAAAGCAGCACCAAAAGAGUGCCCAAGACGUCCAAAGUUUUAAAGAAUCCGUUGAUACAAAUUAUUGAUUUUGGAAGCGCCAUUUUCGAUGACGAGUACCAUUCGCUGAUUGUUUCAACGCGACAUUAUCGGGCUCCCGAAAUUGUGUUGGGGACCGGCUGGUCGUUUCCCUGUGAUAUGUGGUCAAUAGGUUGUAUUUUGGUGGAGCUUAUUAUCGGUGAGCCGUUAUUCAAAACACAUGACAAUUUGGAACACUUGGCAAUGAUUGAAAAGAUUGCUGGUUAUCGGAUUGAUAAGGAGAUGGUUAAAUUGUCCAAGUUGAAUGAGAAUGAGUGCGGGCUCGAGUAUUUCACGAAUGAGUAUGUCGGUGGUGAUUCUUUGGAAGCCAACUUGUUGCGUUCCUCUGUGCGGGACUCGCCCGCGGGUACGAGUUCAAUUUCGUCGUGCUCGGAUGAUGAGGAUGAUGAUGAGGAUGAUGAUGAUGUAGAAGGGGAGGUUGUUCGCAAUGUCGGUGCCGUUGGUCUUGAUAGCGAUGUUGAUUACGACCUGAGCCGACGCCGUCGAAAUAUGUACCAUACAAUGGAUAGCUCAGAUGUCUCCAAUGAUGUUGGUGGCGACGAUGAUGAAGAUGUCAUUUUCGAUGAAGAGAGAACCGUGGCCAAUUCUUUGGUUUUGAAGUUUCCCACCGAAUCGACUCCACAGAAGUUUAUUCUUGCCGUUGAGGAGUUGUCUCGAAUUGAUUUAUUCAUCAGUUCGCGAAUCGGGUUGAGGAUAAAUUUUGACUACUCGUUGAAUCAAAAUUAUGAAGAGAAUAAGCAUUUGAUCAAUUUUGGAAAUUUCACAUUUUGGUGGUUCUUCAUUGACUUGUUGAAGAAGAUGUUUGUGAUUAACCCUAGGGAUCGAAUCACGGCGUUGGAGGCGUUGAACCAUCCAUGGUUUAACCUAGGCAUACAAGAUGAGGGCACAGUCUAG